AUGUGGGGUGUUAUAAAUGCAACCUUUCCCCCUUUGCAUGUAGAUCUUCGCGACCUAGUGGGUAAGCGAUGGGAUCACUCAGAACAAGCACUCUUCCCCGGCUAUGGCUGUCAACACACGGGCCAGCGCAUAUCCACACGCAAACUUGACAUACAUGUUUGCCCAGGACAUAACCGUGAUAAAGAGCUCCAACAUAGAUGUGGUGGAUCGGGAGAUGGGUAUUGUGCUGAAUGGGGAUGUGAGACCACCGGGACCACCUAUUGGAAACCCACUUCUUCCUGGGACUUAAUCACCCUCCAACGAGGAACUAUCCCGGGGUAUAAUGGAGAUGGCCCCUGGACUUGUGGGGGGCAGGAUUGUGGACCAUGCCAUGAUUCAAGUUCCAAACUCCAGGGCAGCACCCCUGGAGGAAGAUGCAACCCCCUAAUUACCACUUUUACUGAGGCUGCUAAACGGUCAGCAUGGGAUGCCCCCAAGGCCUGGGGGCUACGGCUGUAUCAUACUGGAAUGGAUCCCGCAGCCACCUUCCUAAUCUCCAGAACCAUUUCUCCCACAGCUAUGGCCUCUAUUGGGCCAAACUCUGUGCUACUCGACCAACCGGAUAGGCCAUCCCAGAACCUCCCUAGACCCAAGCCAAACCCCUUGCCAUCUGUCACCACCCUACCUACCCAUGCUACCGGGCAUAGUAAUGCCACUCUACCCCCUAGACCAAAGUUCAGUUCUGCCAGUAGACUAUUGAACUUAAUCAGAGGAGCCCACCAAGCGUUAAACGAAACCCAUCCUGAUAAGGUGGAGGAUUGUUGGCUCUGCUUGACAGCGGCUCCCCCUUAUUAUGAGGGCUUGGCAUUGGACUCUGACCUUAUCAGCUAUACAUCUCCCCCUUCCCGAUGCAGCGAAACACUUAAUCAUAAACUAACUCUGCCCCAGGUGACUGGGCGAGGACUAUGUCUUGGAAAUGUUCCCAGAUCGUCUCAAAAACUAUGUAACCAUACAGUCUCAGUACCUCCCAGCAACUCAUACCUGACCAGCCCUAACGGGACUUAUUGGGCCUGCAAUACAGGACUAACUCCUUGCGUCUCAGUAUUGGUUCUUAACAUCACAGCUGAUUAUUGUGUACUUGUCCAGCUAUGGCCCCACAUUACCUACCACUCCUCAGAGACUGUGCUAGGAUACUUUGAGAAUCGUUAUCGAUUCAGAAGGGAACCUGUUUCAAUAACAUUAGCUCUUCUCCUGGGAGUGGGGGGAAUAGCGGCUGGUAUAGGGACCGGGACCACUGCCUUACUUCGGAGCAAUCAAAAUACACAGCUCCAGGCAGCCAUGAAUGAGGAUCUACAGGCCUUAGAAAAAUCAGUUAGAGCCCUCAAGGACUCUUUGGUUUCAUUAUCUGAAUUGGUCCUACAGAAUAGGAGAGGACUAGACCUCCUAUUUCUUAGACAAGGAGGCUUAUGUGCUGCCCUCAAAGAAGAAUGUUGUUUCUACGCAGACAAAACUGGGGUAGUAACUGAAACUUUGGAUAAACUCAAGGAGAGGCUGACUGUCCGUCGAAAGAAUUCUGAAUCUCAACAAUACUG